AUGGCGGAUCGCGAUGCUCCCUCGGGCCCCAAAAGGCGCUGUGUCAGCACGGCCUGCAUCGCCUGUCGCAGACGGAAAUCCAAGUGUGAUGGAAACUUACCUAGCUGUGCUGCCUGUUCCUCGGUCUACCAUACACCAUGCAUAUAUGAUCCAAGCUCAGAUCACCGCCGUAAAGGAGCGUAUAGGAAAGAUAACGAUACAUUACGCACUAAGCAUACAACCCUGCAGACUUUGGUCCAGGCUUUAUUAAACUAUGAGGAAGAAGACGAUGCCAUUGACUUGGUGCGCCAAAUUCGCUCCUGUGACAGUCUCGAAGAUGUCGCAAAGUCACUCGUUGCCCGGCAAAAGGGCCUCCUCUCUACAGGCUCAAAGGCCCCAGAGCAAACGGCCGAUGAGAGUCCAGAACCAGUGGACCAGUUCGAGACCGAACUGUCUGGAAAGAUGAGUGAGCUCAUGUUAGAUGGGUCUCGCAAAUUCAUCGGAGGCACGUCUAACCUCAUUUUCCUUCCACCCGGAUCCGAGCUACAUGAGUCAGCUUCAAUGGCCGAUGUCCCAUUGAGUCCGACCAGUGAUGCACAGUCAGUAAUACGCUGGACACAAGUCACAGACGAUGCAUCACUGAUUGGCCAUCUCGUGACAAUGUACUUCACAUGGCACUAUCCAUUCUUCACCAUUCUGGCUAAAGAUUUGUUCUAUCGAGACUACAUCCGGGGCGUACCAAGUCCAUAUUGCUCAUCCUUGCUGGUCAACUCGAUGCUGGCUCUCGGCUGCCACUUCAGCUCAUGGCAAGGAGCCUUUUCAGAUCCCCAGAAUGCUGCAACGGCGGGUGAUCAUUUCUUCAAAGAGGCCAAGCGGCUAAUUCUGGAAAAUGACGAACAUGAAAACUCGAAGCUUUGCACGGUCCAGGCCUUUGCACUCAUGUCUGUGCGGGAAGCGGGCUGCGGCCGCGAGGGUAAGGGCUGGGUCUAUAGCGGUCUUAGUUUCCGCAUGGCGUUCGACCUUGGGUUGAAUGUCGAUGCGGCCAACCUUGGUGCGCACAACCUCAGUGACGAAGAAGUCGAUGCUCGUCGCAUUACGUUCUGGGGUUGCUUCCUCAUUGACAAGUGCUGGUCGAACUAUCUCGGUCGUCAGCCUCAACUUACCUCAUCUAAUACCAAUGUGCCCAAAUUCGACGUUCUGCCAAAGGAAGAAAUGGAAGCCUGGGCGUCGUACAGCGAUAGCGGCGCAGGCCAGGAUAAUGUACAGCCUUCGCGAACCAGAGCUGUUGCACUGCAAUUAUCAAAAUUAUGCGAGAUCAGUGGUGAUCUUCUCGUGUUCUUCUAUCAUCCAUCCGAGUUGGAAAAAUCACAGCAGAAGCAAUCGGAGCUGAAGAAACUCAGUGACGUUCACACACGCCUUGAAGCAUGGAAAAAAGAACUUCCCAAGGAGCUCGAACCUAAGGAGGGGCAACUUCCCCAGGUCCUCGUCAUGCACAUGUUUAAUCAACUCCUUCUCAUUCACCUCUACCGGCCGUUCUUAAAAUACAACAAGACUAACACUCCAUUACCUUCACACGUAUCGCCACGCAAGAUCUGCACACAGGCUGCCUCGGCGAUCUCAAAGUUGAUGCGAAUGUACAAACGCACCUACGGCCUCAAACAGAUCUGUAAUAUCGUCGUUUACAUAGCUCACACUGCAUGCACUAUCCACCUCCUCAACCUGCCCGAGAAGAACGCCCAACGGGAUAUCAUUCACGGCCUCAAAAACCUCGAAGAAAUGGCCGAAGCUUGGCUCUGUGCUCGUCGAACAUUACGCAUUCUCGAUAUUUCUGCCAACAAAUGGCAAGUCGAGUUGCCUUCCGAAGCCAGCGCUCUCUUCGAGCGUACCCAUGCGAAAUGGGGCUCAUGGGGCUCAUGGGAUCAAGCGACAUCUCCGUCUACCUCCGCCGAAUCUCCAAUUACUCACGCAGCAUUACAAUCUAGCGUCACCAGUCCGAGCCGCUUUUCCCCCUCUACAAAUUCAACCCCUGCUCAGCGCACAGAACAUAUCCCUCCUAACUCCCUUCCCGUUAUGGGCGUCUCCAAGGGCCCUCAAUACCCCCCUGCAAUCAGUUCAAUGGCCCCGAUGCAGGCCGCGCAGCGUCAAGCAGGGCCAAGACCUGAUUUUGCGCCACCAGAGCCGACAUAUCUCUGCCCAAUAUCACAAGUCCAGUAUCAAAUGCCAGCACUUGCAUCUUCCGGCCCAUCCACCCAUCCCAGUCCAAAUACCUGGUACGAUACAUCCAGUGCCCCAGUCGCAACCCGCAAUACAACUCCGAGAUCAACCGCAUCACCCGUCAGCGGAUUCGAUGGCACUGAAAACCUAGUCGAACAGAGCCAAGACUGGUGGAGCCGAAAUGCCACGGCGUUAGGGUUGGGCAUGGAUAAUUGGGGUGGACCGUGGAGUCCAGAUCUCUCCAACUCCCAUCUCCGGUAUGAAAAUAAUCCUAGCCAGUUUAUGCCAAUGGGUCAGCAUCCCAGUCCUGGCUCUGUUUCUGAAUAUCAGCCGCAUGUUGGCAUGCCGAUGCCGAAUAUGAGCUCUCCGGUGGAGAGUCAUGGGACACCCGGAUUUGAGGAGCGCUGGCAAUGA